CAUGGAAUCGUCCUGCACUUGAGUACAUUGAGCUCUAUCACUCUGCCCGCAAGUGAGAAAAAAGGUGUAGAGAGAGAGAGUGUUAAGCGAGAAAGAGUCAGAGAGAUAUUCCCAUCAAACAGAAAAGAGACCCACAAAAAAGAAGCUUGAAUCUUUGACUUCAACUUAAAUAAAUCUUUGAUUUUGCAUUGACUUCCUUGGAAUUUGAGCUCUUUCAGCUUAGAUCAAAAUGUCUUUUAAGAACAGAGGAGGAGGAAGUUUUGGAGAUCACUACUUUACUCCAAGGAAUGUGGUUUCUAGAAACUCUGUGUUUUUCUUCUGCAUCGCAAGUUUCUGCCUUGGAAUGCUCUUCAGUAACAGGAUGUGGAAUGUACCUGAAGGUAGAGGCAUAUCAACACUCUCCAAACUAAGCCUAAAAUCUGGUGACUCUGUCCAAAGUAAAAACAAUCAGGUUUUGGAAUAUGGUAACAACACUAUCGGGAUCUUAGAUAAAUCCAUCGCAAGUUUGGAGAUGAAACUCGUAGCUGCUAGAGCAGAGCGGGAGUCAUUGUCCGGGAAGUUUAGCAUGUCUGAAGAAGCCAAGAAAAGAAAAUACUUCAUGGUUAUUGGUAUCAACACUGCCUUUAGUAGUCGUAAGAGACGUGACUCAGUCCGGUCAACGUGGAUGCCACAAGGAGAGAAGCUUAAGAAAUUGGAGGAAGAGAAAGGCAUCAUUGUUCGCUUUGUUAUAGGACACAGUACGUUGUCUCUUGGCGUUCUUGAGAAAGCUAUUGAAGCAGAGGAGAAAACAUAUGGUGAUUUCUUGAGACUGGAACACAGAGAGGGAUACAUGGCGUUGUCUGCCAAGACGAAGACGUUUUUCGCUACAGCUGUUUCCUUGUGGGACGCUGAAUUCUACAUCAAAGUUGAUGAUGAUGUUCAUGUGAAUCUUGCUACUCUCAAGACGACUUUAUCAAGUCACCGGAACAAGCCUCGUGCUUAUAUCGGAUGCAUGAAGUCCGGUCCUGUCCUAGCAAUAAAGGGUGUGAAGUACCAUGAACCGGAGUAUUGGAAGUUUGGAGAGGUCGGGAACAGGUAUUUCCGCCAUGCCACGGGACAGUUCUACGCUAUUUCUAAGGAUCUAGCUACUUACAUAUUGAUAAACCAGGAUUUACUGCAUAAGUAUGCGAAUGAGGAUGUUUCGUUGGGAUCUUGGUUCAUAGGAUUGGACGUUGAGCAUGUUAAUGACAGAAGACUCUGUUGCAGUACUUCUCCUCGUGAUUGUCAACUAAAAGCAAUGAUGGGAGAUGUUUGUGCGGCAUCGUUUGACUGGAAAUGCAGCGGAAUCUGUCAGUCGGCCGAGAGAAUGGCUGAUGUUCAUGAACGUUGUGGUGAACCUGAAACUGCGUUAUGGACGUCGAGUUCUUGAGAAAAAAAUAUAAAGAGAAACAAAAAUUUCUUACUAUAUUCAUAAUUAUACAACAUAUAUUUACUCGUGGACUGUAUUAAUAGUAGGGUUUUUGGGUGAGAAGAUGAAUAAAUGUAUGCAAAAAGUAGUGAGUGAAGUGGUUUAAUGAAAGACUAUGAAAUAAUGGUUAUGGUCACAUUUAGUU